AUGACCGAAACGGCAUUAAUAUAUACAUUACACGACACAGCCAACGGACAGACAAGAAACGGCUAUGAGUUUCCAGGAGAUAUCAUUAGUAAUCUCGUCACCACUACUCUCUGCACUACUAUUGUGAUCUGGCAUGGACGCACUUCCCGGAACAGUAUCAGAUUAUGGCUUGACGGCACCGAAUUCGAACCAAAGCUCGAUAAAACCAACGAAGAUCUCGAGGCCCAGACUCAAUGCGUUCAGUACAUGGCUGUUGAUAGCGCUCUUCAUCCCAUGAGAGCUAUUGACGGUGACAAAAAACCUCUGCGGCAGUGGUUGAAAGGCGUUGAGCGUUGUCAGAAGAGCGGUGGUGAAGACUACGACUUAGUUCAAAAGAAAAAAUAG